AUGUCUCGGCCGGAAGCCGGCGCCUGGGUCGUUGCUUCUCGGAGGAGCGCGGCGCUGCGUCGGGCUCCGGAAAGGAGGCCGGAGAAGGAGCCGAGCCAAGGCGGUCGCGGAGGCCAGAAGGCCGGCGGAGGUGGCGGGUGGAGGGGCCCUUCCGGCGUCCAGCAGCCCGUGGGCGCUGGUUUCUGGGAGCCGCCGCUCUCCUUCAAGCUGAAGAACGACUGGGUGGGCGCGGUGAUCGGGCGUGGUGGGUCAAAAAUAAAAGAGAUCCAGAGCUCAACAUACACCAAAAUACAGAUAAUAAAAGGGUACCCUGAAGCGGAAGUAAGAAUUUUUGGCACCAAGGCAAUGCAGAGCAAAGCGAAAACAGUGAUAGAUAAUCUUGUUCAAAAACAAGAAGACUACAAAACAGAAUCCAAAGUUGAUGUUGCUGUUGUCCAACCUUCAGAUGGAAAAGAUGCAAGGAAAGAUGUUUCAGGAAAUCAGAAAUUGGUUGAUUGGGAUAAGUUCCGAGAACAUAUUUUGAAAUGGAACAAAAAAAAGUGGGCAGGUUUACCUCCAAUUAAGAAAAACUUUUACGUGGAGUCAGAAACAACAAGUUCAAUGUCACAAGACCAAGCAGACAAUUGGAGGAGGGAAAAUUAUAACAUAAUGUGUGAUGACUUGAAAGGUGGUGAGAAACGUCCUCUUCCCAACCCUGUUGGUAAUUUUGAGGAUGCAUUUCACUGUUAUCCUGAAGUUAUGAGAAACCUUCAAAAGGCAGGUUUUCAAAGGCCAACACCAAUUCAGUCACAGGCAUGGCCAAUCAUUCUACAAGGAGUAGAUCUUAUAGGAGUAGCUCAGACUGGAACGGGGAAGACAUUGUCCUACUUAAUGCCUGGAUUUAUUCAUAUUGACUCACAACCUCUAGCCAGGAAUGGGCCGGGCAUGUUAGUCCUCACCCCGACUCGAGAGCUAGCUCUGCAAGUGGAAGCUGAGUGCCGUAAAUAUUCAUAUAAAGGUCUUAAAAGCGUUUGUGUAUAUGGUGGUGGCGAUAGAGAUGGACAAAUAAAAGACUUAGCGAAAGGUGUCGAUAUCAUUAUUGCCACUCCCGGAAGACUCCACGAUCUACAAAUGAAUAACUUUGUGUACCUGAAGAGCGUAACCUACCUGGUAUUAGAUGAAGCUGACAAGAUGCUGGAUAUGGGAUUUGAACCCCAGAUAAUGAAGAUUUUAUUAGAUGUACGCCCAGACAGGCAGACAGUUAUGACAAGUGCAACGUGGCCAUGUGCUGUCCGUAGACUCGCACAAUCUUAUUUGAAAGAGCCCAUGAUUGUGUAUGUUGGUACUUUGGAUCUAGCUGCUGUAAGUACCGUGAAGCAAAAUAUAAUUGUCACCACAGAAGACGAGAAACGAUCGCAUAUCCAAACUUUCAUCGAGAGCAUGUCUCCCAAAGACAAAGUCAUAAUAUUUGUUAGCCGGAAAGCUGUGGCUGAUCAUUUAUCAAGUGACCUGUGUAUCCGGCAUAUAUCAGUAGAGUCUCUGCAUGGCAACAGAGAACAGAGUGAUCGAGAGAGAGCAUUAAAAAACUUUAAAACAGGGAAAGUGCGAAUACUGAUUGCUACCGAUUUAGCAUCUCGUGGUCUUGAUGUCCAUGAUGUCACACACGUCUAUAAUUACGAUUUUCCCCGGAACAUUGAAGAAUAUGUGCACAGAGUAGGGCGCACCGGGAGAGCAGGGAGGACCGGGGUAUCUGUUACCCUUAUCACUAGAAAUGAUUGGAAGAUUGCUGGUGAAUUAAUUAAUAUUCUGGAAAGAGCAAAUCAGAGUGUCCCAGAGGAUCUUGUGGUGAUGGCUGAGAGAUAUAAAGCAAAUAAACUGAAAAAAGAAAUGGAAAAUAAAUGGGAAAGACCCCAAGGAAAACCCAAGAAGUUUUAUUGUUAACGUCUAUGUUGAAAAGUGGUACCAACCUACUUAAAAGAGAAUUCAAGAUUUUUUUUGAGAUAUAUUUAUUUAAGAUACUGUGGAAGUAUUGGAAGCAUGCUGGCAGUAUGAAGAGAUGACUGAUUC